GCUGCAGCUGAUGGAAUGAAGGUCACUCUCUUUUCCUUCAAACAGGUAUUUACCAUGGGUCCUUAUACUUGUAAAGAGUGUUCAUCUUUGCAAACAAUGGAACAGAGCCACACCACAGUAAUAUCAAAUUCUUUAUCCAAUGGCAUGUCAAUGCACAAGAACCAUUUUAAUGGUACAGUCCCACCUAUGCCAUGGUUUGGUAUGGAUAUAGGCGGAACAUUAUCAAAACUCGUAUUUUUCGAACCAAAAGACUCGAUUACAGCACAAACUGAAGAUGAAACCCAACUCUUGUCCAAUGUUACCAAAUAUUUGACUAAGAAUUCUGCUUACGGAAAAUCUGGACACAGAGAUGCACACCAACAGAUGGAUAAUGUACAAAUCUGCAACAGGAUAGGUACAUUGCAUUUCAUCAGAUUCCCCACUAGUGAAAUGAACAAUUUUUUGGAUCUAUCCAAGAAGAAAGGUAUGGCAGCUAGUGUAUCUACUGUUUGUGCUACUGGUGGUGGAGCAUUCAAAUUUGAAGACAUUUUUAAAAAUGAAUUGAAUUUAAAGCUGUGUAAAUGUGAUGAACUGGAUAGUCUGAUUCGUGGCUUAUUAUUUACAGUAGCUGCAAAUAAUAACGAAUGUUAUUUUUGGUCACAAUGCACUGAAGACGAGCAGUGUUCAACACAAGAGUACACAUUCCAGUAUAAUAAAUAUCCAUUUAUUGUUGUGAAUAUAGGCUCUGGUGUAAGUGUAUUGGCAGUUUAUGGUCCAAAUAAUUAUAAGAGAAUAUCUGGAACGAGUAUAGGAGGUGGUACGUUUUUGGGACUGUGUAGUUUGUUGACUGGCUGUAAUACAUUUGAUGAGGCAAUUGAAUUGGCUGCAAAUGGUGAUAAUGUUAAAGUUGAUAAAUUGGUUCGAGAUAUCUAUGGAGGUAGUUACAGUAGAUUUGGGCUGCCUGGAGAACUUGUUGCUAGCAGUUUUGGCCAUAUGAACUCUAAGGAGAAACGUGCCCAGGUGUCUAGAGAAGAUUUGGCUAGAGCGACUUUAGUUACUAUUACAAACAACAUUGCAUCGAUUGCAAGAAUGUGUGCAUUAAAUGAAAGAAUUGAUAGAGUGUGUUUUGUUGGUAAUUUUCUGCGUGUAAACCCAAUAUCAAUGAAAUUAUUGUCACAUGCUAUGGAUUAUUGGUCAAAUGGUUCGCAGAAAGCUAUAUUUUUAAACCAUGAGGGUUACUUUGGUGCAAUUGGAUGUUUGUUGUCAUUUGAUGAGAGAUAUAAAGAGUAACAAAAUAUCAUUCAACACAUUCCACAUUGCCAAUCCAUUUCGAUUUCAGCAGGUUGUGUGUACUGUAUAGUACAUUAUGAAUAUAUUGUCAUAAUUAUUCAUAUUGUACUGACCCGGAUAGAAAAUAUUAAUUAA